CGCGAAGGAGCCCCAAGAAGCACAAGCCGGGGCUGGCGGCGGACCAGGCUGUUGUUGUUCUCAACGCGGUCCGCCCCGUGCCCAUAUAAAAGGCGGCGGCGGCGCCCGCCCCGGCAGAAGGCGCACGGAGCGGAGCCGGCACAGCGCGCUGCCGGGCCCCGCCGCGCCCCCGCCCGCCCCCGCUCGGCCCACACCAUGUCGGUAGACCUCGAAGACACCGAUCUGCCCAUGGCCGAGGCAGAGGAGGCGCCGCUCUCCCCGGAGAAGAAAGCGGCUGCUAAGAAGGUGAAAGGAGGCGGCGGCGCCUCGUUGUCGCCAUCGAAGAAAAGGAAGAACAACAAGAAGAAGAACCAGCCGGGCAAAUACAGCCAGCUGGUGGUGGAGACGAUCCGCAAGCUGGGCGAGCGCAACGGCUCCUCGCUGGCCAAGAUCUACAACGAGGCCAAGAAAGUGGCUUGGUUCGACCAGCAGAACGGCAGGACUUACCUGAAGUACUCGAUCAAGGCACUGGUACAGAACGACACGCUGCUGCAGGUCAAGGGCACCGGGGCCAACGGCUCCUUCAAGCUCAACAGGAAGAAGCUGGAAGGCGGCGGGGAGGGGGGCGCGGGCAGCAGCGCCCACAAGUCCCUCAAGAAGGCGGCGGUGUCCUCGACCCGGCGGGCGGAGAAGCCGGCGGCCAAGAGCAAGAAGCCCGAGAAGAAAUCGCACAAGAAGGGAGCCGGCGGCGCGGCGGCGAAGAAGGACAAGGGCAAAGCCAAGAAGACCGCCAAGAAGGGAGCCGCGUCCCCCGGGGGCAAGAAGGUGAAGAAGUCGGCAAAGCCCAAGGCGCUCAAGAGCCGCAAGGCGUGAGAGCGAGGCGCAGGGAGCCUCCCGCGGCACGGACUGCUCUGAGCACAGACCCCAGGGGACCCGCUUUGUCUUUGUGUUGCUGACUCGCCUCCGCAGCCGCCGCCGUGCGCGGUGAGCGGGGCUGCGGCCGCCCCAGCCCCUUCCCCUCCAUGCCGCCUUAUUUUGUCCCCCCCUUUUCCCCCCGUCCCGUCCCGCGGCUCUCCCCCGAUCGCGCCCUUUUGUUUUCGGCCGUGCCCCUCCCCGCCUGUAGACGGUUCCCGGCCCCCCUCCCGCGUGCCCCCGGUUGUUCCCGGGGAUUUUUCCCGCCCGGUUUCCAUGGCAGCCAUUUUGCACGGGGCCCCCCCCCCGCGCCACGUGGGCCGGCCCCGCUCCCGCCGCCCGCGCGCGCCC